AAGAAAAGGGAGAGGAGAGAGUGCAGGAGAGAGGAGGACAGAGAAAGAUAAAGUAGGGAGUGAGAGGUAUUUAGAAAGGGGGCAGAGAGAAAGGGAGAAAUAUGGAGAGAGGGGGGAUAUAUGGAGAGGGAGGUCGGCCUAUCUUAUGGUCAAGUAAAAGACAUCCUCAUGUGAGAUACAAAAUGUAGCAAUCUAGAAGAAAAACCCAUGCAAAAAUUAUCCAGUUUAUUUUGCGCUAAUUUUCCCCUUUCCAAUUCUGGUCGUGUUUGACUCACUUCUCCUAUUGGAAUAUGAUUCCAUGGUACAAGUCACCCUCCAGUUCAUCAUCUAAAGUGGCUAAGGAUCACACGUGAGCUUCAUUUGCCAUCGAGUGAAUGUAUACAGAGAUUUGACUGCAACCUGUCCUUGGGCCACAAUGUUGGGAAAAUAUUGACAAAAAUACAAUUAUACCUCAGAUGUAAAGGAAGCCACAGGAAAAUGUACACACAGCAAGGCCAACCAGUGAAAACUUCAAGGACUCUAAAUUAUGGAUAGAAAAGGUAGAAUUGCGCAAUCUCCACUAUGUCUCAAACAGCAGAAAAAUUUAAGUUGUUACAGCAACAACAGCAAAUGUUGCAGCAGCAGCAACAACAGCAGCAGCAACAGCAGCAGCAGCAACAAGCCCAGUUCACAAACCCAGAGACCCCGGGGUAUGUGGGAUUUGCUAACCUUCCUAAUCAGGUGCAUCGUAAAUCUGUGAAGAAAGGGUUUGAAUUCACACUCAUGGUAGUUGGGGAGUCUGGCCUGGGCAAAUCAACCCUCAUUAACAGCCUUUUCCUGACUGAUCUCUACCCUGAGAGGAUCAUUCCAGGUGCUGCAGAGAAAAUUGAACGCACUGUCCAGAUUGAGGCUUCCACUGUGGAGAUAGAAGAACGUGGAGUGAAGCUUCGUCUGACAGUGGUUGACACCCCAGGAUAUGGUGAUGCCAUAAACAGUCAAGACUGCUUUAAAACCAUCAUUUCAUACAUUGACGAGCAGUUUGAGCGUUACCUGCAUGACGAGAGUGGACUGAACAGACGCCACAUUGUUGAUAACCGAGUCCACUGCUGCUUUUAUUUCAUCUCUCCUUUUGGCCAUGGCCUGAAGCCCUUGGAUGUGGAGUUCAUGAAAGCCAUACACAACAAAGUGAAUGUUGUUCCUGUGAUUGCUAAGGCAGACACUCUCACACUGAAGGAAAGGGAGCGGCUCAAGAGAAGGAUUUUGGAUGAAAUUGAAGAGCAUGGAAUUAGAAUAUACCACCUUCCAGAUGCAGAGUCUGACGAGGAUGAAGAUUUCAAGGAGCAAACUCGAGUCCUUAAGACCAGUAUCCCUUUCGCAGUGGUUGGGUCAAAUCAACUAAUUGAAGCAAAGGGUAAAAAAGUCAGAGGCCGCCUAUACCCAUGGGGAGUAGUCGAAGUGGAGAAUCCAGAGCACAAUGACUUCCUGAAGCUAAGAACUAUGCUCAUUACCCACAUGCAAGAUCUACAGGAGGUGACCCAGGAUCUGCACUAUGAAAAUUUCCGUUCGGAACGUCUCAAGCGGGGUGGCAGGUUGUCUUCCCAUGGUUACGUUCUCCCUCUCUCUCCUUCAAAAGGGGAAGAGCAUCCUCAGGAUAAGGACCAAAUCCUGCUGGAAAAGGAAGCUGAGCUGCGUCGCAUGCAGGAGAUGAUUGCCCAGAUGCAGGCUCAGAUGCAGAUGCAGCAGAAUAAACCAGGAGGAGAUGGGGAUUCCAGCAGUGUGCAUAGCCAGCACGUCUAAACUGGAGAAUCUCUUCCAAAAGAUUCUCGAACACAAUCCACUUCCUUGAAGCAGAGGUGGCAAGGAAUCUUGAGUGUGGAAAAUGUGGUUUUGACAGCCAUUAUUUGAGAGCUGUGAUUUCAGUGCUAAGUUCACAAUGCAAUAUUGUAAUCUUUGUACUCUUAUUUUUGCCAAUUUUUUUUAUAUGUGGUAAUUUCAUUUUUUUUAUAUUGCCUAUAUAAUUUGUAUUAAUCUCACUUUGGAUUUCAGUUCUAUAAGUGCUCAAAAGUAAGAUUCAUUUAUACAGUGCCUGUUAUUGACUGUUUUUUCGUGGUUACGUAGAUAGCAUUUGUGACACUGGAUAAGGGUGAAGAAGCCACUUGUUAAUGGGGAGGGUUUGAUUCGAUGGAACUGUGAGAGCUGUAACUCAUUCAUAUGAAUAUUGACCAUUUAGGUAUGUUGUGUAGUGAAGCCUGUAUCAUUGCUAAUCCAAAUGCACUGAUGGAUUGCAAUGCUACAGAGGCACCUAGAUCCUGUUUAGCAGAGUCACUGUUCAUAAGAGUUAAAUGUGUCAGCACGGUUAAUAUUGGAGUUGUAUUGCUUUCUGGUCACUGACAAGGAUCCAAGCAAUUAUUUACCACCCCCCCUCCCCCGCUCACUUUAACCUGCUUGGAAAUCAAACCACUGAGCUUUUGAAACCUUUGGUUAAAUUACAUUAUUUGUUGUUCCUUCUCAAUUCCGCCUGUAAACACUUGUUGGAUUUGUUAUUUUCUUGCUCCAAGAAAGAUACGUGUCUGUACUUGGCAUUUUUAAUGACAUUGACAAAUGCCAAUAUUCAGUAUGUCAGGAUUACACUGCAGUUAAUUGACUGAUUAGAGUGUAUUCUGUAUUAGUCUUUUGAGAAUGGAUUUAAUUUUAAUCGGAUAACAAACAUUUGGGCCCUCUAUCCUUUCAAAUAACUCAUUCUCCGGUGUUAACCAAAAUGUUAAACCACUUAAGGUUUUUUUUAAUUCAAUGCAUCCCUUUUGAAAAAGGUUAUGUUCAAGGCUAAACUGUACUGUCCCGGUCAGCACAACAUAUCACCAAGGUAACUACUACUCAGUGCACUAAUUAUUUGGUCUGGCAAUCUGACUUGUCCAUCCAUCUGUGGAGCUUGAAUCAACUGACAUUGCACCUAAAUAACAGGCAGGAAAACUCAGAGAGAGAGAGAGUACUUGAAUUUGGUUCCUCGCCACCAAGGAUGAAACAAACACUUGGAUUGUACUCUCCACACACUUAUAGACUGUCUAAAAUGUGGUUUUAAAAAAAAAUCUUCAGUCUGGUAUCGUGGUUUGAAAAGUUAAUUGAAGCAUGUUCAGCCAAACAAUGGAGCAUUAGGAUUUAAUCCCUGCAGGUACUGUGUAAUUUACCUUUGCAUUCCUUUUCAGUGACAUAAUUAUGGUGGUUUACUUAGAUGAUGAUGGAACUGCACAAAUCCCAUCUAUAGAUCCUGCAUUUGAAUCCCUUAACCAGCUUUUAUACUGGCAUAAAACUUCAGAUGUGCACUUGGCUUAUUGGUACCUUAGAGUUUGUCAUCUAAACUAUGGGGGGCUGGUAUAAAUCUGUCCCUGAAGUAGAUAUGUCCCCUUGGUCUUCAGUCUGAAAAUUGCAUGCCAUGAAUUGGCUUGUCUUGGCAACUAAAAAGCUAUUUAUUGUAUAGUAAGAUGCAAUGACUCCAUUUAUAUACACUGUCAGAAUGCACAAGCCUGUGCUCAUACUUGCAUUGACAUUCCUUUUGCUUUGCAUGAGUUCCCUAAAUACUUUGAGGCUGGGGGAUUUCAAAUUUUUCGCUUGAUUUUUGAGUCAGUUUCUUUUGGGGAAAUUGUAUUCUGCAUGAAAACUUUAAAGGAGCAUUUUAGAAAUGGGUCUUCUGUGAAUAAGGAUUUGAUCUGAGAGUAUUUCCUGAUCUGAUUGCAUUCUUCACCACGCUGUUACGUUAACCCAUUUAAUGCUCUGGGCAGCAACUUUUGUUCUGGGACACUUGAUCUCUGCUCGGUCUCUCUUGAGUAACUGAGUCACUGUGGUCCCUACUACAGUAAAGCUCACAUAAGUUGUAUCAGUUGGGACCAUAUAUUUAAUAUGAUUUAUGCAAAGUAUACGUUUUGUCAAACUUGCAUAGAAUAUAAACUCUUGAAAGGAUUUAGGCAGAUUAUACGAUUUAUAAAGAUCAGACUUAUGAGUUUUACUGUACAUUGCUGCUUGCAAGGAUACCCUCUAAUCGAGUCCCUGCUCGCUUGACCUUUUCUUAGGAGUGCCUGAAUUAGUCCGAUUUCUCAUGCACAAAGGAAGUAGAAAGAGUGUCAACAGCCCGUGCCUCGUGUUAAUUUUCACUUUAAACUUCAUAUUUGCACAAUUUCUAAACUAUCACCAUAAACCCCCAUUCCUGAAACUGUACCAUUUCUUGUAACUUUCACCAGUUUUUUUUCAACAGUAUUAAACCACAAUGAAAAUCAAAUAAACUUUGGACUAACAACUGUUUAAAUGUGAUUUGGAUUUGAAUCUCAAAGUUGUUAUAGAAAAGUCAGGAAUAGAAUUUCCGCUUGUAUGUAUUUUUACAUUUGUCAAGUGACUGACAAGUACUGUUUGUGUCCAAAUAUUUCAUUUAGUGAAGUUAUUCCACCCCCAUUGCUUAUACAUGUGUUUUAGGACACUGGGUUUUUCUCAGGAUUUAAUGCUGGGAAAUGAGUGAUUGCCCAGUGUCCUCUGUCACUGGGUAUCCUAACAGUUAGAAAUUAACAUGGAUGUUUACAUUCUCUUCUCCCACUCUCGCCUUCACAUCUUUGGAAUGCUUAUGCAAAUCUUUUGUUGGAAGGAGUUUUUCUUCUGUAGGGAGGAUAAGAGUGCAUUUUCUUUCUCUGCUCAAUCUCCACCAAAUGGUCUUGGUGUACUAGUAGCUGUUAGAUUCGAGCAUUGGGAGUUGUGCACUUUCUAAGCUUAAAGGCUGUUACAAUACUAUUUGGAUUUCAAAAGCUAUUUUAGAACUUCUAACCAUUUCAGUCUCAUACCUUGUUAAAUGUUUAAAUUCUUUGGAUGAUGUGAGUGAUGGUGUGACACACCCUCUGUCUGGCAGUUUUGUGCCGGAUAGUGACAUCCAGGUCAGCCAUUUCCAUUUGAAUAUUGAAGGCUGAGACAGCAAUAACCAAACCUAUACAGUAAUGUAUUGCUGCUUGUUACAACAAUGUAAAUGCAUUUGUGCUUUUGUUAAAUGUUGCAAUAAACUUGUAUAAAACA